AGCUACAGCCUUACUAUUAGAGGAAUAAUAAAGAAUACAUGAUAAUGAAAACAUCACAAAUAGGGAAUUGUAAAUCACUCCUGAGACUUCACGAUUCAUUUAAGAAUAGUAUAGGACUUUUGCGUUUUUAAUGUCGCCAUCAUAAUAAUACAGCUAAGUGAAGCGUGAUUGGAGCCGGUAGAGGCCUUCUAAUUAUAUAAAAAUAAUAAAAAUACUAAUGCUUAUAAUUUCAUUUUAUAUUAUAUGAAUGAAGACAUAUGAUGCAAAUACUGUGGUUAACAACAGUUUCCCUAAAAGGUUAUAGUUUUUAACAUUUGUUUCAAGUAUAUGGUAUAACCAAAGACAAUGUUAUUAUUAAUUGUAAUUAUUAUUAUAAGACUAAUUAUCGUAACAGUAAUAAUAAUAAUAAUAAUUAAACUGCUCACAUGUGAUUUGAAAUUAUCCUUUUUAGGCGAGGCACAUUUUUUCUUUUAUAAUUGACAACAUUGGGAAACCACAUCAUCAGGAUGCUGGACGUGAUGCCAUCAUGACCGAUUUACGGGGUUUGAAUUAAUUAGAAAGCCUGGCCAAAAAAAAAAGGCACAGUCCCCCAAACGACGCCCUGACAGCUGGUUUAGCCAAUCUGUCCAGGAAGAGAUUUAUUCCCUAUCAGCAGGGACAGCGGAAGUGUGAAAUGGAGGAGUCCAGCUCUCAGAAGUUGGUGUGGGACGGGGACGCCAAAGCGGUCCAGCAGUGUCUGACCGACAUUUUUACCAGCGUCUUCACGACAUGUGACAUCCCAGAAAACGCCAUUUUCGGGCCUUGUGUGUUGAGUCACACGUCGUUGUAUGACAGCAUCGCCUUUAUAGCUCUGAAAUCCACCGACAAACGCACAGCACCUUAUAUCUUCAGGGUGGACACAUCGGCGGCCAACAGCACCUCGGAGGGCUUGAUGUGGCUUCGGCUGGUCCAGUCGGCCAGGGACAAAGAGGAGCAGAACCUGGAGGCCUACGUGAAGAACGGCCAGCUCCUGUACCGCUCGCUCCGCCGGAUUGAGAAGGACGAGGAGCUGCUGGUCUGGUACGGAAAAGACCUCAUCGACCUGCUGCUGCUCAGCCCCAGCAGUGUCCCCACCAAGAGCAAAGGUUCCUCGCACUAUUCAUGCCCGGACUGCAGCCAGCGAUUCCAGUUUGAGUUCCCGUUCUUGGCCCAUCUCCGGUUCCGUUGCACCAAAAGAUUGCAGAGCAUCACGGGGGCCGAAGAGGAGCCAAGCAAAGAGAGCACAGAGCGACCAAACACAUCUCCGAACAGGACCAGCCCAACGCUGGGCCGUUCCGAGGGCUUCAGCAGCCCCCAGGACAGCAGCAAACCCUCCACAGACUUUCAUAACCUGGCCAGGGAUCUAGAGAACAACCGGACCAGCCCUCCGAGCGACAAGGAGGCCGAGAUCUGCAGCGAGAGCUCGGGGAAGAGGAAGUUCUCGGAAAUAGAUGACAGGGAGAGCCGAGGGCCCAGCCUUUUACAGUCCAAGUCUAAAGAUGAGCUUGCCACAUCUGCACAAAACUACAGAGGGGCGUACGGCCUAGAGGAGAACCGCAAGUCCUACUCCCCGCCUGGUUCCACUGAACUCGGUAAGGGCAAGCGCAGCGCCUUCACUGAGGUCAAGAAGUCUCCACCGAACCUCAAACACCACAGCGGCAACAAAAACCUCCAGAGCUCCAACUCUGAAAACAAAGAUGGUAGUCGUCCUAGCAGCAAUCCAUCAGAGAAGCACCUCAACAUCAGGCAGGUGCUGUCCGAGACCCAGCCGCCCCAAACCUCACACAUGGGCAGCGCUUUUACCUCUGUUACCCAGCAAGGAGGAAGUGGUGGCGAGAGGAAGAGCGCCUUCAGCCAGCCGUCUCGCUUCUCCCAGAUCUCGCCGCUGGUUAUGCCGACUAAACUGCUGGACUGCCACCCAGCGGUGGGCGACACCAUCUCCUCCAGCAGACUCUACCAGGCGGACCACCUUGCCGCCAAACUACGGAGCGCAGAACUGGGCGCCAACUGCCCCGUGCCAAGCAUGGCCAAGCAGAACCCCUUUGUCUACGCCACCACCUUCUGGCCCAAGAACUCCGGGGCUAUUCAGCUCCAGAUGCCCUCGGCUCUCACCCUCCUGCCGCCUUCCUUCACCUCCCUCUGUCUGCCGGCGCAGAACUGGUGCGCCAAGUGCAACGCGUCCUUCCGUAUGACCUCGGACUUGGUUUACCACAUGCGAUCCCACCACAAAAAGGAAUUUGCCAUGGAGCCUAUGGUCAAGCGUCGACGCGAGGAGAAACUCAAGUGCCCCAUUUGCAAUGAGUCCUUCCGGGAACGGCAUCACCUGUCACGUCACAUGACCUCCCAUAACUGACUUUUAAAGACUAGAAAGGGAGGGACUUUUUUCUAACAAGGAGAGACUGUGACCCUGCCUGGAUUUAAGCACUCCGACUGGAGAAAACCCUGUUAAAAAAACAAAAACACCCCUUGCACUCGUUUUCACUUUGGACUAUGAUCUUCUAAUUCCUGUUCGGUCUGUUUACUUUUCCUCCCAUGUACAAAAUGUCAUGUUUUGGGUGUAUGCAAAUGCAUUUUGACUUUGAAAAGUGAUCUAUUUAUGAAGCACUUGAACGUUUGGGAAUAAGGGAAGAUUUACAUAUGUGUAAAUGUACAGUAAGUUGUAUUUUAUAUCAUAUAAUGCAAAUAUAGAAGAAGAGACGAAACACAAACGUAGUCACAUGUCAUGGUUUACAGAGCAGCACGUUUUUUCAUGUCUACGAAGAAUAUGGACACAAAUUGGGAUAUUAUGUCAGACUAUAUUUCAGAGUGCAUGUAAUAUUAAAUAAUAUUGAUUUAAGAUGCAGUCUAUACAUGAACAUGUAAAUAACUGGUUUUAUUUGAAAUACAAAGUGUAAUAUUUUGUGUCAGUGGGGAAUAGUUUCAGUGUUUCUUCCUUUUACGGGAAUUUACUACUUGAUAGUUUAUCUAAUCACGUUGAAUGCAUUGACAAUAAAAUAGCUUUAUUUUCAACUAUGA